CCACCACCACCACCACCACCACCACCACCACCACCACCACCACCACCACCGCCACCAAUCUACCCAUUUUCACCUGCCUACCCCUUUGUUUUUCGAAGGAUCUCACCAGAUUACACCUGCAUCUGGGAAACGGACAAGUUGGCUUCGAUUCGCCAGAGAAUAUCGGGGCUCUCACUGGUAACCAAGCAGGCCUUAGCUGAAAUCCUCCACUUGCUGCCACGCCUCGAUGCCGACGCUCUGGAACUGCUGGCCAUCGAGGUUGAAAACAGACGUCGACACCUCGGGGAGACAGUUGCGCCUUCUUCGCCGCCUGAUGACCACUCCACUGGCGUCUAG